AGGAGCGGAGGAAGAAGACAGGCAUAAAUUGGGAGAGACGAAAGAGGCAGCAGACAUAUAACUUGCGCUCCUCUCAAGACGGACACACAUCGGGCCAUUUGAAUCCGACACCGGCACACGGCACACCGCUUCCCUUCCCUUCGCCUCGCCUCGCCCAGCCAGUCACCCCUUGCUCCUCAAUUCAGCUCGGAAGUCGGAAGCUAUCUAGCCGCCCCGCCGUUCAUCCGGCUGCAGCGACCCAACGACCAGUGGACUGAUCAUGCCGUGCGCUACUGAGCUCGUCCAUGGCGAGGGCGGCGCGAUCAAGGUGGGCACAACGGGCACCAUCGGCUCACUCAUGACGAGAGAGCUAGACUCCAUUAAGGUCGCGCCACAAGCAGCCGCCACCCCGCGCCUGAGGCGCCAGGGCUGUCCGGUUUCAGUGUCAUGUGGCACUCCCCGGAAGAUCGUCCUGAGGAAGAGCUCGUCAGACGUCUCCAGCAGCAGCAACGGCAACAGAACCGACCGUGUGGGCGCCGAAGAGACCUGCAAGCCGAGGAGGGUCUCCCGGCGAAACACAUUCGACUCCCCGAUGCUGCGCUCCGAUUGCGCGCUCGUCGACCGGAGCCCGAACACCAGCAAGGGGAAGAAGGGGAGUGGGUACGGCGUCGAGGUGGUGGACGUCAAGUGCGGUAACCCGAUGAGCAGCCGGCUCAGGAAGCUCGGCUUCUCCAAGCUGUCGGAGACGUUCGCAUAGCUUCGUGUGGAGUUCGGCAAGGACCAUCUCCAACAUCUGAAUUGAAGGAUGGCCGCUGCCCUUUCCCUGAGGGCACCUUAGGCUUUAGAGGGCAUUGCCAUGUGGCAGAUUUAGUGGAGCAAUCAUCCACCUGACAUUGUCCAUUUAGUCCUUGUACGUUGCCAAUCCAGUUUGCAUCUAGCAGUUUUUUUUUUCCUGUGGAAACUGCCCUUGUGCUCUGUGUAUCACAUGCUGUUUCAUGAAAAGCAAAUUCCCAUCAGGCCCAAGAUCAUGAUGGAUGAUGUAAGGAUGCAUUUUGCGUCGCUGAA